UACAUUUGUAAAAACGAACGGAAUUGCGUCUCGUAUAGAGCCUCACUUUGAUUGACAGGUUGAUUUCGCUGACGGUUCAACGGGUUUGCUCCAAGAUACAUACACACCCAGGAAAGUGGUGUAGUUGCUCGGUAGAAGUGUCGAGAGCGAAGAUGAUGUACAGAGCGUUGUUGUGUCUGGCCCUGUUCGUGGGUUCUGCAUCAGCCUGGGGAAGCUGGUUCAGCAAGAACAAGAACACAGAAUGCGGUUCCUUCCGAAACAAAAGGAUGGGCUGGUUCUUUACCAAGUCCAUGACUGAUGUUGACACCCGUCAACUUCUGGAUGACCUCAAAGCUUUCGACACCAACAAAGAUGGCUACAUCACACUCGCCGAAAUGAACAACCCUACUCUCGCAUCCACCUUCGACAGUUCCAUUGACCUUUCUGCUGGAAUCGAUCGUUGCACCUUCGUGACGUUUGAGAAGAAGCGAUAUGGCAUCAGUUUGGGGGUCGCAGGCCGCCUCUUCGACUUGGAAGACACUAACAAUGACCUCAGGAUCAGCACUGCAGACCAGAACGAGGCUACCUUCAACUUGCUUGAUAAGGAUGGUGAUGCCCGCGUGUCUGUGUGUGAAGGUUUCCUGGGCUUCAUGGCUGUGCUGGAAGACUUGGAACACAAGGUCUACGUUGCAGAGCUGAAGUAUACGGACAUCGUCUACAAGUUCAGGAAGUCUUCAAGCAUGUGGUCCUGGGGCUGGUCCUCCUAAACAAAGGCGGCGAUGGUCACGUGACCGAAAGGACGAUAAACGUAAAGCUUUGUUAAUAAAAUGAUACACACUCUG